AGCACUCUCCGAGGGCAUGGAAUGUCUAAUUUUUCGGUCAGAAUCUCGACAGUAAUGUCUCUGUUAGAUUCUCCGGUCGAAAUACGGGAAAACUCCAUUCAAUUCUCGAUGGAAACGGAGUUUUGCGAAUUCUCCCCGGAACUGGAAGAUCAUUUCGAGAUCUUCGAACAUAUUCGAGGGUUCAAUGUGACUAUUGUCACUUCGGCCAACACACAAGAUGAGACUUUACCACCGUGGAGCGGCUUUUUGCAAAAAGAUGAGGGGGAAACCCAGUAAGAGAUGUCGGAGAAGCGAAAUAUACGAGAUCACAAACGUAGAUUGCUCGCGGCUAAAUAUGAAUUGAGACGAAAGCUUUAUAAAGCCUUUUGUAAAGAUUCCGAUCUUCCUAGUGAUAUGCGGGACAAACUUCGUUAUAAGUUGUCCAAGUUGCCAAGAAAUAGUUCCUUUGCACGAGUAAGAAACCGAUGUAUUUCCACGGGUCGCCCUCGUUCCGUAUAUGAGUUCUUUCGAAUUUCUCGUAUCGUUUUUCGUGGAUUAGCAUCUCGAGGUCCUUUGAUGGGCAUAAAGAAAUCGUCUUGGUAGCAACCGCCAAACCAAUAGAACAAGGGUUAGCUCUGCAGCUGGUCCACAAGCAAGGUAAGUAGGUCCAUUACCGGCCGGCUCCGGACCGAAAAGACCUAACGGACUAAUCCCUUAUCUCGGAUCGGAGAUGCUAACGGGGCGGGAAUCGAAGUGGGGGACCUCUCUACCGCCUGUGUCUAUCUCCUGUCAAGUAUGCUCCCCAGACAUAGACUACGUACAGGGUAGUACUCUUGGAAAGAUAUAAUAUCACCGCGUGAACAUAACAUUAAGUUACGAAUGUAACUCCCGAGGGAUCGACCACUAUAAAAAAUAAAGUAAGGCGGAGAACUGUUGUUCAUUGGAGCGCCGGAGUGCGGAGGUUGUUCCCAUCAUUGAAGUCAGAGUGUGGGACUGAGCCUUCCGAAUGAUAAAGAAAAAAAAAAGUGCUUAGUUUCGCCAACGCAAAUAUCAUAUUGACUUUCUCUCGCCCAACUUCUAAGGAUAGAUAGAAAAGGUUGGAGAGAGUGACUUUCUUAAAUUCUCUCCUUUCUAAAGCUGCGCAAGGCGGCCCCCCGGGUAAAAAGAAGAGGGAACAAGAAUUGCCACCCUGGAAACAAGAUCCAUGACCGAAUUACUAUCAUCUGUUCUUACCGAAAUCACUUCUCAGCUCAUUCAUAUAAUUGGCGUUGCGGCUAGUCCGCUCAUCGUUCUUAUAACGUAUCGGGCUUUUCGCACGAGGGGAUGACCGACAUGGAAAUGGAAAAUCGGCUUUGGGACAUUUGUUUUGAUACGGCCCAAUCGCAGAUUGAAAGAAGAAUUCACAAAUUUGUACUUCGUUUUUAUGGUGAUCACUUUUCUCUUCCGCCUGGACUCACUUUUUCACAAAUUGGCAUCUACGUUCAUAACAAUUCAAGGUCAUGUUCACACCUUCUUCCUAUAUAUCGAAAUCUUUCGGAAUUUGAUCCCCCGAAUUUCAACAAGUUGUUUUUUUACUUCAGCAAUUUAUGUAGGUGCAAUUUUUUUUGAGGAGGUGGGUUCGAGAAGAAAAGCCAUGUACUAUUAUAUGGUGUAAUUAUAGAUCUCAUUCGUAUUCCAGUGGUUUGGGCAAAGUUAGAUGUGGCCUUUCAUUCCAGCAGGAGUGAGAGGGUAAAGGGGAA